UUGUCAAAGACCAUAUAGUUACAAGUCAAAAUUAAGGCGCCACACCCACACGAUGCAGAGGUUACAGAUAAGUUCUCGGCCAUCCGAAGAGUUUUUGAUUAACCUCUCGCCGGAUUUUCCAAGCCCUGACGGUCUCGUAGCCUACGACGUCCCGAAGAAGGAACUAUCUAUUCACAACAAGUCUACUAAUGGAGAGAGAGCUAUUCACAUAAUCCCUCUUGUUCUCUUUCUAUGUGCUUUCGUUCUCUGGGUUUUUUCAAGUGCAACCGUAUAAUUUACUAAUCAAAGUCAUGAAAUUUGU